AUGCCACUGACCGAUCAGAUAGCAGGAGUCUUGGAGCUCAUGUUCCGCCGAAAGCUCCAUCUGGCCACUCAUGCAGCCCAUUCUGCGCCAUCUAUAGAAGUGCCUCCGUCCAUGCCAUCCGCCCUCCUAUUGGAGUGCAAUGGCAUUGCAGAUGCUCUUGUGAAGGCCAUCCGUAAUCCUGUAAGGCUGCAGUGGGACAUUGAUAGAUAUUGCGACAGCCUUUCGAUUCAGCCCAUGGGGCAGAAUGAAGUCCUCGAGGCAGAACUGGAACGGAAGUGGCCUCCUCCAUUUGGUGAGAGCGAAAUACGCAUAGACCAGCCUGCCACCCUCGUGGACAUGCACGGACGCAUCUUGGCUUGGAUACUUCCAAGAGUGUUGAUACCAGACCGCCAGACGAAGAUGCUCCAAGCGACCAGGGCCCUACACCCAGCAAUGGCAGCCAGUAAGCCUUCCAGCACCACCGCCAGUUGGCGACACAACCCGUUGUACUUCUUGCCUCCUGAGGAGUGUGCCCAAUUCCCAGCGGGCUCCUUGUGUCUCUCGCCAGGUUGGUUCCAACAACCUUUGCAGCAUAUGGAGUCUGGGAGGCUGGAGACCUCCGCCAGCCUGAAGCUUGAGGGUGGAAGAAGUUGGCUGCGUGAUAUUCAUGACUCCUCCGCAUUGCUGGGUGCCAUCCUGGCCGUCAUUCACCCAACACUAUAUGCCGCAGGACGCCAGUGCUUAGGUUUGAUCCAGCAAGACCCAGAAUUGCGAGAGAUGGCGCUGAACUGGUCGUCGCCAUUCAAUGCACUCCAGGUGAUCGCCAACCGGGAAACUCCUUUCCACCGAGAUAGCAAGACAAGAUACACCUUCUACGACCUGUUGGCGACGUUGGGCAACUACACUUGCGCGUGGUUGAAGUUCCCCGCCAUGCAUGUCACCAUCGAUUAUAGUCCUGGAACUGUCAUAGCCUUCUGUGGAAAGGCGAUUCGUCAUGGCGUCACUCGAGCAGAUGGCGAAAGGCUCGUCUAUGCAUACUUUAUGCGAGAGGGUGUCCAGAACAGGCUAGGCAUUCCGGCGCCCCACUGGAUGCAAGCUUCAUAUUACGCCUCACACAUUGGCAUGUGCACAAGGGACAUCAUGCCAAAGACUGAUGGAGACGAGAACACUAUGCAGGGGAUGGAGACUGUCGAUGGCAGCUUCAUUGGUGGGACAAAGUUGGCGGAGGUGAUGGCGAAAUCUCAAGGUGUAGUUAUCACUGAUGGCAGCAUAUGGUUGGCGGACCUCAAAGUUGGCGGAGAUGGUGGUGAAAUGUGUUCGGUCGAGAAGUUACGCAACAAAAGCAGGCUCGUUGUAGACCUGGAUGACGAGGUUGAGUUUGUGACCAAGGUAGCUAAGCAGACCACUAGGGGAGUACGCUAUGUGGACGUACCUUUGCCCAUGCCCACGGGUUCAAAUGUGCCAUUGCCUUCCAAAAGUCCAUCGAAGGCUCCAGCUUCAGGCUCCUUGUUUAACUUGGAUGAUGGCGACAUCCUGGGCAACAUAGGUGUGCCGAUUCAGCUGGAUCUGGCGGCUCGGAAGACAAAGACCCAGAAUGACUUCAUGAGGGACUGGAUACCCCACUGUGAUGACUAUCUUCAUGCCAUUGUCGAGAUGGAAGCCCCGCCUGAGCCCAGAAACUGUGCGGAAUGCAAGGUUGGCGAGGGAUGGUGGCGAUGCCUGGACUGUAUGGGCAGACCGCUCACCUGUACCGACUGCUGUCGUAAUGGCCAUCAGCGUGCUCCUUUCCAUCGGAUAGAGCAUUGGCAGGGUCAGUAUUUUGAGCCGGCAUCACUGUAUCGGGUUGGCGUCUGCAUCCAUUUGGGGCAUGGCGGAGAUCCCUGCCCUCUGGGCGCCUUCACAGCACAUAACAACCCUGCGCCGGUGGUGGCCCCGGGGUCCGAUUUCUGGAAUGCCUCCAAUGAAGACCUAAAUGCACAUGAUGGCGAGGUCUCAGAUGAUGGCGAGGUCCCAUUCAACUUUGCACCUCUGGCAGGCACCCUUGAUGGUGAAGCAAGGCAAACCGAUGAUGCUCCCGAUCCCACUUGGGAGGAAGAUGUGCCACUGGUGCUCUCCCGGCCACCUCGCCGUGACAGUUACGGGAAUCGGAUCAUAGUCAUUGUCGACAUCUCUGGCGUUCACCAUAUCGGCGUUGACUGGUGCCAGUGUGAGAUGGCAGUGGAGUGUGACAUGCAGCUUCUUCAAAUGGGACUUUACCCUGGUACCGUCGAGGAUCCCCAUACCGCCUUCACAUUCGCUGUCCUCGACGAUUUCCUUCUGGAGAACAAAGAGUGCAAGACGGCGGCAUUGAACUACUACAGCAAGCUCAAACGGGUCACGAGCAAUGCCUUCCCUGGCACCGUUCCUGACCGUUAUCGUGAGCUGAUGCGGGUGUCCCGCCAAUGGCGCCAACUCAAAUAUCGCAAGUGGCAUGGCUUCUCACACGAUGCCCUCCAUCCUGUGGAGAAGGGUGGCCUCGCCAUCUUUUGUCCCGCCUGUCCCCAGCCUGGGCUCAACCUGCCUUUCGAUUGGCAAGCGGAUCCAGUGCAGUGGAAGUUCAAAUGCGGCUUUGUCAUAGAUGGCAAUUUCAGUGCAGAGCACAUGAAGAUGAAGCACCCCGAGGAGGACGUUGCCCUCAGUGACGGCCAGGCAUUCAUGGUCGGCCAAGAGGAUUACAAGGCUCAUCUGGCGGUGGCCAUGGAGUCCCAUCAGCGCUCCACUUGUCAUGAGCACCGUGCUGUCAAUCAGGCCAAUGUGGAUCGCGCCAACCUCGACGCCACAGGAAUCGGGGCCACUGCUUGCACCAGACAUGGUUUCUUCGUCCCUCAUACUGUCAUCAAUUUCCAGAAGGGAGAAAGACAAAUGAAUAUGGAUUACUCUCUCAGCAAUGCGCUCCUGACCCUCACCGGUAUCACCCUCGUCCUCAUCAUGUACGACAUCAUGUGCCAGUAUGGCGUCCAUGUCCGCAAACGUUUCCGCCACAGCGCCUAUCUGAGGAUGCCCUUCGAGCUCAAGAUAGACCAAGGCAUCGGCUUGUUUCAUGUGCACGGACACCAAGAUUGCUGCUUCCAACGGUUCUCGCCCAACUUUAUAGUUGGCGCUGGUAUGGUCGAUGGCGAGGUCAUCGAGACCCUGUGGGCGCCCACAAAUGAGGUCUCAGGCAGUACCAGGGGCAUGACCCAAGCUCACUGCCAAGAAGUCCUUGACGAUCACAUGAAUGACUCCAACUGGAAGAAGACGACUCGCAUGGUGCCAACCUUGAUGACAAAGUGGAAACGCGUGCUCCUGGGCUUCCCAAGAAGCAAGGAGUCCUUUGAAGCUUUAUCUGCAUCCACAGAUGAGGAGGUCCUUGAGGCAUGGCAGAAGGAGUACGACGACGCUAUGGAGGCUCGCCAAAAUGAUCCGAAGAUUAUGGACACCUUCGAUGUCCAGCUCAGGAAGGCCCCGGGUAAAGACCUCACCCAACUCAGACUGGCGGGCGAGGAGUCCGCCAAGGGCUUGGAGAAGGGCACCGCCGGAUGGUUGUCGACUGGCCUCAGAAUUCAAGAAGCACAGCUUAAGCUUGCGAAUGAUAUCCGCAAGGCGGGUCAAAAUCCGAGCGUGGUGGAGGACCUCAAGACUCUCGAGCGCCGUCAGCGCCUCGAAGUCAGCAUUCUCACAUUCCAACGUUGCUCUGAGAAGUUCAUGGGAAGGUUGGAGGACGUUCCCGCCAUGGAAGAUCGUGACGAUGGUGCGCUCUGGGAUUCCUUGGAUGAGAAUCCUUUUCAAAUACACCCAGAGGACGCUGAGUAUGGCGAGGAUGCGAUUCCACCCGAGCAAGCUUCCUUGAAUUUACCUUCGCAGAUCGGAUUCGUGGCCGCCGUCGCCAACGGGCUCCAGACCCUGGCGGCCCAAGAGUUGGAGUUGCGCAAAGGCCUGAUGAAUGACAUCCUCCACGAGCUUCGCAUGGCGCUUGGACUGAAGUCUUACCUCUACUGCAAGAGGUCUUCAACAUCAGAUGCGCGCCCCUGCCUGUUCUCCAGAGGGAGGUUGCAGUUGGAAGUCUACACUUGGAGGAUCCAAGAAGCUGUUCUGGCACUGGAGCCUGACCCAGAUCACUUCACCAAGGUCCGUUGGGAGGAAGGCUUGCGCCGGGAGAUGUUCGCCGUCAGGGGUAUCUGUGGCGACCUCGCGUUGGCGGGUCAUGCUGACCAUAUUGACCAUGGCGGAGUUAUCGCCAGUGUCCUCACCGUCUGCACUUUCAAUCGCGAAGUUCUGCGCCCCAUCAGCAUUGACGUCAAGGCGAUUCCACGCCCCACCACCCUCGUUCCUCGUCCUAAGAACCUACUCGAGGAUUCACCCGACUACUGGUGGAAAUGGGAUCGUCAGGUUGGGCCGGUGGGGAGCCCUAUGGAGGCCUGGUGGUACAAACUUGGUGAUCCCUGGGAGAAGGUGUACACCGUCUCCGAGUCUACACUGGUGCAGCUUGAACAGCUGCAUGUUCGCAUCGCGAACCUCACUAGUUGGUUGCACGAGAGGACAGAUCAGAACCUGGAUGUGGUGCUGGAAGAGCUGCAGGAGGCGACGCGGCAGCUGCCCCCAGUGGCGGUGGGCCGAUCGCUCAGAAAUACUCCUAUGGCGACCGAUGGGCCGACGUCCGCUGGCUGUCCAGUUCAUGACAAUGUCAGGGACUCCCCACCACCACCCAGGACCAAUGCUCCACCGGAUGAUUGGACACCAUACGAUAAUCGGGUCGAGUUCGAGACUGCCGAAUUCCUAUUCAAAUGGGACCAAAUGUCCCAAUCAAAAGUCAACGCUCUCAUGGAUUUGUGGGCGGCGUCCCUUCUCCCGUUCGGUGGAGAACCACCAUUUGCCGACUACGCGGAUAUGUAUAAUGUAAUUGAUGCGACAGAACUCGAAGGAGUGCCAUGGCGGUCCUUUACUGCAGCCUACACUGGUGCCUUACCUGUUCACGACACAUCGUCAUGGAUGUCAACGACGUAUGACGUUUGGUUUAGAGAUCCCCGCCUGGUCAUCAAGAACAUGCUUGCAAAUCCCGACUUCAGCCAUGAAUUUAACGCUGCCCCAUAUUGUGAAUUUGACAGCUCAGGAAAGCGUCAAUACACCAAUGUAAUGUCAGGACAGUGGGCCUGGAGGCAAGCUGACAUCAUUAGCAAGGAUGAGGCUACGCACGGAUCCAUGUUUAUUCCGGUGAUCCUAGGCAGUGACAAAACAACUGUUUCUGUCGCAACGGGGCAGAAUGAAUAUUAUCCGCUCUACCUCUCCAUCGGCAACAUCUUCAACAAUGUCCAAUGUGCCCACAGGGAUGGGCUGAUGGUGGAUGGUGUCCGGUGCUUGAAGCAUAGGAAGAAUCUCGACAGUGAAGACCCAGGUUUGCGACGUGCGCGCAAACACACAGAAGAGCUAAUCAGAACGUUUGAUCCGGGCAUAUUGUGGGAUGAAUACGGCCUUGUCAGCGAUGUCAUUCCAUUCACUGCAAACUUCCCCCGUGCAGAUAUCCAUGAAUUGCUAUCGGGUGACCUCCUGCAUCAAGUCAUUAAGGGAACUUUCAAAGACCAUCUGGUGACCUGGAUUGGUGAGUAUCUGUUUCUUACGCAUGGCAAGGAGUGCGGAAAAGAGUAUCUCGACGAGAUUGACCACAGAAUAGCUGCAGUCCCGUCAUUUCCUGGUCUGCACCGGUUUCCGAAGGGCCGUGAUUUCAAGCAGUGGACUGGAGAUGACUCCAAGGCGCUCAUGAAGGUCUACUUACCUGCGAUCUCUGGUCUGGUGCCUCCGGAUAUGGUGCGCGCAAUCAGCGCCUUCCUCGAGUUCUGCUACCUUGUUCGCUGUUCUGUUCACGACACAAUUCAACAAGUACAGCGUGCCCUUGACAGGUUUCAUCACUUCCGAGUCAUCUUUCAAGAGUCUGGUGUUCGAGAAGACGGAUUCUCUUUGCCUCGACAACACUCACUGGAUCACUAUCCAAGGCAUAUUGAGAACUAUGGUGCUCCAAAUGGGCUCUGCUCUUCGAUCACUGAGGCGAAGCACAUCAAGGCUGUUAAGCAACCGUGGCGCCAUUCAAGUCGCUAUGAGGCACUCAGUCAGAUGCUGUUGACCAAUCAGCGUCUGGACAAGCUGGGUGCUUCGCGCGCUGACUUUGCGGCCCGAGGGAUGCUUGAGGGGAGCUGUCUUUCUGACGUGCUGCUGUCCUUGCAGAAGCUCGAGACAAUUGAUGAGGUUGACGAGGCUAAUGAGGAAGGUUCCCGUUCUGCGGACAAUGACGAGGAUAGUGACAGAGAAGAAGAAAUGAACGGUAAUGGUGUUGUUGAAGGGCCUCGGGUACUUGCUUCAGUGACUAUGGCACGCCGAUCUCAGCAUGGAUACCCGCACACCAUCGUGGAGUUAGGGGCUCAUGUCGAUCAUCCACACCUCCCCAACCUCGUUAGACAAUUCCUUCAAGACCAGCUUCAUCUGGAGAUGCCCUCGCAAUGCGAUAGCCCCCGACUCCCAUCGCUCCUCUCCACUGCGCACCUCCGCGUACGAGUGUUUCAUUCUGUUGUUGCUACCUUCUAUGCACCAAGCGAUCUCUCGGGUGUUGGUGGGAUGCAUCGUGAACGGAUUCGUGCAACGCCUUCAUGGAAAUCAGGUCCGGCCCGUCAUGAUUGCCUUUUUGCCGACAAGGACCCAUCGCAGGACGGGAUGAGAGGUCUGCACGUUGCACGUGCCCGACUAUUCUUCUCAUUCAAAUGGCAGGCGAAAGAGUGGCCAUGCGCCCUCGUUGAAUGGUUCUCACCUGUUGGGGAUGAACCGGAUGAUGAAACCGGCAUGUGGAUUGUCACACCUGAUUUUGACACUGACUGUCGCCGAUCUGCUGCUGUCGUUCAUCUCGACUGCAUAGUCCGCGGAGCCCAUCUGAUUGGAGUCGCGGGGGAGCACUUUCUCCCUGAUGGCUUGGAAUUCACAGACUCGUUGGACGCUUUCGAGGCCUUCUAUGUGAACAAGUAUGCAGAUCAUCAUGCUCACGAGAUAGCGUUCUAG